AUGUGGUCUUGGUUUGGCGGGGCCGCCGCUCAGAAGCGAAAGGAUGCGCCCAAGAACGCUAUCCUAACGCUGCGCGAGCAGUUGGAUAUGCUGCAAAAGCGCGAGAAGCACCUUGAGAGCCAGAUUGCGGAUCAGGAGGCUUUGGCGCGGAAGCAUAUCAACACAGAUAAGAAUGCUGCCAAAAAUGCCCUCCGACGGAAAAAAGUUCAUGAGAAGAACCUCGAGCAGACAACGGCGCAGACCAUGCAGCUCGAGCAGCAGAUAUACUCCAUCGAAGCUGCGAAUAUCAAUCACGAGACCUUGGCUGCGAUGAAGCAGGCCGGUGCCGCUAUGAAGCAGAUCCACGGUGGAAUGAAGCUCGAGGAUGUCGACAAGACGAUGGAGGAGCUCCAAGAUCAACAUGCGCUCAGCGCCGAAAUCGGAAGCGUCAUCACCAGUUUCCCUAUCGGCGAACAGCCCGACGAGGAAGAGCUCGAGGACGAAUUGGGGGCUCUGGAGCAGGAGGCUAUGGACGCGAAGAUGCUCAACACCGGAACUGUACCAGUGGGCACUCAACUGGACCGGUUACCAGCUGUGGGGAACACAGAUCUCAAACACCCCACCAAGGCACAAGAAGAAGACGACGAGGAAGCCGAGCUGGCGAAGUUGCGCGCGGAAAUGGCCAUGUGA